AUGUAUGAAUUGUUGCAUCCCACACAAAAUUUUGUUCCUUCAUGUAUCAUGUUUCCACCUAAUGCACCACAUGUAGAACUGAAACCAGGUUUAUUAGCAAUACUUCCUGACUUUAGGGGACAAGAAAAUGAAAAUCCUUAUGUCCAUGUUAGAGCUUUUGAAGAGAGGUUGGUUAGCUAUUUUUAUGAACGGCUUACACCUGGGGACCAACAGUUUGUUCAACUCUCAUGCGGAGGGGACUUUUUACAAAAAGAACCUGAAGAUGCAAUGGAUUAUCUUGAUAAGAUAGCUGAAAACUCUAACACAUGGACUGGACCUAGCCCUAUGGACUCCACUGAUAGGACUAGAACUAACGCUACCACUUCUAGUGGAAGUGUUUUCAAGUUGAGGGAAGAUGAUAACAUAAGUGCAAAAAUCAGCAUGUUUACUAAAGAAAUUGAGGCACUCAAAAUGAAAGGAAGUAGGAGUGUUAGUGCUACCUUUAGAGAGGACCCAAUGGAGGUGUGUAAAAUCUGUCAUGAGAUAAACCAUGCUACAAAUGAAUGUGCAUCACUAUCAUCAUUCUUAAAUGUGCUAGAAGAACAAGUACAUGCAUUUAAUUCAUAUUGGCCAAAUAAUUCUUCAUAUUCUAACAAUUAUAACCCAAAUAUGCGAAACCAUUCGUAUUUGAGUUAUAAAAGUGACAGUGUGUUGAAUCCUCCUACUUCAAGGAAUUUUAAUUCACCACAUGCAUCAUCAUCAUCAUCAUCUAGACCUUCCUUGGAGGAUGCACUUAGUACCUUCAUUCAAAGGCAAAGUGAGCAAAAUCAAAAGUUUGAAUCCAAGCUCACUAGGCUAGAUGAAGAGGAUAAACAUGAGGAAGUAAAAGCUGUAACCAUUUUAAGGAGUGGUAAAGAGAUUGAUAAAAGUUCUCCUUUAAUAACUAAGAAAUCUAAGGAGACCCCAGUUGAAAAAGAGAAGGAUGAAAUUGGGUCACAUGGAUUUGGUGAAAUUGUAAAACGCCCAAUCCCUCCACCAUUUCCACAAGCCUUAAAAUUACCUAAGAAAUUGGACACCACAUCUGAGAUAUUAGAGCAUUUGCAUCAAGUCAAGAUAAAUUUGCCAUUAUUGCAUGUUAUCAAGCAAGUGCCUGCAUAUGCCAAGGUAAUUAAGGACUUAUGCACCAUCAAGAGAAAUCAUCAUGUGAAAAAGACUGCAUUCCUAACAGAACAGGUAAGUGCAGUUAUUCAACAUAAGACCCCACCAAAGUAUAAGGAUCUAGGUUGUCCUACGAUCUCUUGUACUAUUGGAGAUUACAUCAUGGAGCAUGCAUUGCUAGAUCUUGGGGCAAGUGUUAAUUUGAUCCCAUUUAGUGUAUAUCAAAAACUUGGACUUGGUGAGUUAAGACCUACUUCAGUAACUUUACAGUUGGCUGAUCACUCUAUAAGGGAACCGAGAGGGAUUGUUGAGGAUGUGUUGGUGAAAAUUGAACAAUUUUGUUAUCUUGUUAAUUUUAUUAUUCUAGAUUACCAACCUGUUUUACAUCCUAGUGUUCAUACCCUUAUUAUUUUGGGUAGACCUUUUCUUGCCACAGCUAAUGCUUUAAUUAAUUGCAGGAAUGGAAGAAUGCAACUCACUUUUUGUUCCAUGACUUUGGAGUUAAACAUAUUUCAUGUGGCUAAACAACCACAUGAGGAUGAUGACUGUGCUUAUGUGAACCUCAUUGGGGCGGUGGUUCAAGAAGAGUUUAAUAAGAAUUGUUUUUCUGAUCCUCUUGAAACUCUUCUUAAUAAUUCUGUUGGUUCUUAUGAUUUAGAAUGUGAUAUUCAUGUAUUUGAAAAUUUUUCUUUGUUAGAUUCCUCACAGGUUUUGGAAGAACAACAAAUGAUGGCAAUUAAUAAAGGAUGGAAGCCUUGCUUUGAGGAGCUACUAGAAAAUGAAAAAAAAGCUCAUGCAUUCAAGUGA